AUGCGAAGUCACACAUUUGUACAGUUUAUUUUGGCAAUUAUUCCCUUGCUUGCUAAAACUUCGAAAACUCCUCGAGAUUUCCUUACAGUUGACAUCCUCGAAGAACAACCCGUUGGCUCUCACGUGACCGACAUCGCUCAGGAACUUGGCCUUCCCGUUGACAAGAGUUCAACAUCCGGUGCUGCAGACACUGCUUCAUAUUUUAAAAUAGUGGUUGCCAACUCUGCAAUCAACGGAUACUUUGCAAUUUCUCCUACAAAUGGCAAGAUUUCUCUCAAAAAACACCUUGAUAGGGACAUGUUGUGUCAUAAUGAACGUCUCUGCUGCGAAUCAGAGGACGAUAGGCAAUCCAGUCCAGUUCAAAUGCCCGACGGAACCUAUUUUCGGCGAACUGCCAAAGCAUGCAAAAUGUCUUUUCGUGUUGUCUAUCAUCUUAGUGCAAAUGGAAGCACUAAGCAUGAGAGCAGAAUGGCCUUUUGUACUGUUGAUGUCAAUAUUCAUGACCUUAACGACUGUGCACCAAGAUUUUUGCUAAAAGACAGCUAUCCCACUUAUGGAGGUCAUUACCGCCCUGAACCAAAUGCAAUAUUAAUAACGAUUCCAGAAAAUACUGAAAUAGGCACGUGUUUUGACCUUCCAAUGGCAUUUGACGAGGAUUCAGUGCGAUUUAGCAUCCAAGAUUACCAAUUGGAAGUUUCAGGAAAAGUAGACCAAGCGCUGGACGGAAGCAUCCAUGGCACAUUUGCAAUCAGACUAGGAAGUUGUGAUGGAGGACCCAAUGCAAUAUAUGGAGUAGCGAGUGGAGUGGAAAUUGCUAAUUUAAAGCCAAAACUACAACUUCGUCAAAAAUUAGAUAGGGAAGCCAUUGAAGAAUACAACUUAAAUCUGGUAGUGAGCGACGGGAUGAAUUCUGGUAGUCCAAAGCCAUUAUAUACCAAGCAAACAAACCUUUUGCCUCAUUCAGCCAGUCUCUCAAUCACCGUCAUCGUGGGCGACGUCAAUGAUCAUGCGCCUGAGGUCGAGGCCUCGGUGGAGAUAAGAUUAAAGGAGGACACACCGGUGGGCACUAGGGUUACUCAGAUUUUCGCCCAUGACAAGGAUGCUGGAGACAAUGCAAAGAUACGUUAUGAAAUCCGAUCACUAGUGUCUUCGCAGUUAUCUAGGUUCCCCUUUACAAUCGACUCUACUACGGGAGUUGUAUCAAUCGUUAAUCCACUCGACGCCGACAGUUUGCCACAGGAGGCACAUGGGUUGAUGAAGUUUUUAGUGAUCUCCUCGGAUAAUGGACAAGAUAUUACAUUUUCCAGUACCACAACAGUAAGUGUUCAGAUUGAGGACAUAAACGAUGAAGCACCCAUUAUUAAAACAAUCGAUUUAGCAAGCCGAAGCAAUCCGCCAAGACCUACAGUUCGUGAAAACCUCCCAGCGGGUACACUUGUGGCUUUUGUUACUGUAACAGAUGCUGACUCUGGGGUAAAUGGAAUGUUUACAUGCCGAGUGGAUAAUCCCAACUUCGGUCUAGAACCAAUAGGUGAUAAAAAUGCAAAGGAAAAAGAGCUUCAACUAAUCACAAAGAUGGCACUCGAUCGUGAGCUUGCACCGAUGCAGCCAGUAACUAUAAUUUGUGUUGAUCAUGCUCACCCUGUAGCAUUCGCUAAAACUGGAUUUCAACUGAUUCUCGUAAGCAUUACGGAUGAUAACGACAACGACCCGAUUUUUCCGAAUGACGUCAUCGAGCUUUCGGUGUACGAAAACAGUCCUCCAGGAGAACUUUUGUACCGUCUUAACGCAACAGAUGCUGAUGAAAUGGUUUCGUGGAUCUCAAGUUUGAGAACACCGUUAAUUUACGAAAUAGACCCAACGGGAAAAGCAUUUUUUAGCCUAGACCCAUCAUCAGGAAACCUCUAUACAAAAGAAUCCUUUGAUAGAGAAAAACAGGAAAUUAUAGAAUUCGGAGUCGUGGCGUUCGACCAUGGAACACCCCAGCGCAGUGCUAGCGCAAAAGUUGUAGUUCGAAUCUUGGACAGAAAUGAUCACGCCCCUGAAUUCGAUCAAAAAGUGUACAACGUAAGCGUGCUUGAAUCAACUUCUCUCGGCGAAGUUGUUUUGAAGGUUUCUGCUCACGACGAGGACCAGGGACCAAGUUCGGAAUUUUCCUUUCACCUAGAGGACCUUAGGGGCUCUGCGCAGAAGCAUUUCGAGCUAGAUCCACUGUCAGGAAACUUGACGAUAAAAUCGAAAUUGGACAGGGAAACGGAAUCACAUUACAGUUUCCAGGAAAGUCCGCUUUUGAAAUUAACCGCCACGGACAAAGACACUGGCGUGAACGCAGAGAAGAUUUUCCUUAUUGCUGAAGGCAACGAAAGGGGAAUUUUUCAGUUAGAUCUGCAGACAGGGGAUUUGAGCCUUAAACCCGACCUUGAUCCAAUCAAAGUAGCAGGUCACUACAAUCUCAAGUUGGAGGUGCGUGAUGACGGAACGCCUUCAUUAUCUGGCUUCACCUACAUCACUGUGAUCCUUGAUGCUGCUCGACCACCUCUCAGCGUUCCAACUCUCCCACCCGGUCAGAUCAAAGUUGAGCAAACUUCUCUGAAGGAGGUCAAGAAUAUCCCAAAACCAGAUCGAGAGGUCAGGGAUCGCCAACUGCCCUAUACUGAUCUACGUGGCAGGCCUGCAGAGAAUUACCAGGACCGGGAGGAAAUAGAGGGUUUCUUUAAGGGUGAUCACACCCUCAUCCUCAUAAUCUGCCUCUCUGCGAUUGCCACAAUGCUCGUCCUCAUCCUUUUCAUUAUCCUUGCAUGGAUGCGACGACGGAGUCUGCUGGCGGCGGCGCGAAGGAACAAUCAUCACGGCACGGUGCCAGGAAUGGUGUCAGCGCAGGAACAGCUCAAGACGCUGUUCGUAGAAGGUUUGCCAAGGGGGGCACAUCUGAUCCCAUCGACUGGCUGGGGUAACGGAAAGCUCGAUGAUACAUCGACGACUGCUACACUGAUGAAGCAGGCAUCCCCCGUGUAUUGGUUACAGACGACGAUGUGCUCCAAGGGAGCUCUAGAUGGGAAGAAUAUCCAUCUGCAAGCGGUGAAAGGUAACGGCUCCGAAUUUUCAGACAACACCAUUUCACCGACGAUGUUCCACGACCCACAGCAGGUAAACAACUGUCUGUACGCUACUUCGCCAGGUCGUAAAGUGGUCUACCACAACUCAACAAACGGUACAACAUCCGGGAUUGCCUGUGACGACCGAGACGAUGCCUACCUCUCCAUCCCCUCUACUAGCUUCCCCGGCGGUGUCACUAAGUACAUUGUCGACUUUCCCAUAGGCUCUGUAUACCAGUCGUUAAUCCUACCAGCACACGCGUCUGAGCCAGAAGCGUCACCACUACCUAAUCUCAUUAAUCCGGGCGUUUAUCGCAAUGUUUGCAACAGUCUCCCCGGGUCCACGACAAAAGGCUCAGGUGAGGGUAAAGGAGAGUUUCUGCGGAAAGGCUCUGAGCACUCCAUUGAGUUGCACCAGCAACAAGGGACGAGACUCAGGCGGUGCAAAACCAUCGACCGCGAGGCCGCUUUAGACGGUGCAAGUGACGGCAAGGAAAUCUUCCUACGUCUGUCCAAAAAGUCAGUCGAGUUUGCCCAGGGCGGGGCUGAAGAGUGUUUGCUAGCGCUGCCCUCCGAUGAAGAACUUGAUAAAGAGGCAGAGGACGAGAAAGUGGAACAGCCGCGGCUCCAGCAAACUGGGACUUUCUGCCAUCUCCCUUCAUCUUUUGUAUAA